AUGACAACUACAUCCACCACAGCAAGAUCUACACUGACGGGUUGAAAAUGAAUCUUGGAGCUGGAUAUGCCAUUAUUACGAAUAAGGCCACAAAAUAACACAAAAUCUUCCCACAUUACCAUCCACUUUUACAACUGAAACUUACGCUACUCUCGAAGCGUUACAAUAUGCGCACUCAAACAAUGAGGCUCAGAUUGUUAUCUACACCGAUUCUAUGAGCGUAACAAGAACCCCAAUAAAAAAACGUAUGAUCAAGAAAAUUAACUAA